AUGAGCAGCUAUCUUUGGCGCUACUAUCUCGAGAAUGACGUUGGAAAGUUUCAACGUCUUCUGGCGGGUCCUGUUUCGAGCUCGUAUUCCCGUGGCGCCGGUGGAUCUUCAACAGCAGGGUCGACCAUAAACCCUCCCGUUUCGUCAAAACAGUACCAGCCGGCCAACAACGGAAAACCGAGACCGGGAUCCCCACCAGCGAAUAUCGUUCUCACGCGACAGUCAUUGAAAGAAUCGGAUACUUAUGGGAGAACUAUUUUGCACUUGGCCUGCAGCACUUCCGACAGCCGUGGUCUCCCGUUUGUGGAAGCAUUAUUGUCACAUUCACUCAUCGACCCGUGCAUACAGGACUUGGAGUCAGGAUGGACUGCGUUACACCGUGCACUCUACCACGGGAAUAUAUCUGCUGCCAGAGCUAUUCUCUCGAAUGACUUAUCCUCUGUGGGGGUUAAGGAUCAUGCAGGUGACAGUCCUUUUGAGGUGUUUGAGGCUUCGGUUCGUGGAAUUGAAAAGCUAUUUUCACCAAAAAGCAAAAGUGCCCCCCAUUCAGACGAUAUGGAAGACGAGGAUGAGAUAUUACCGGGUCGACAAAAGUCGGAGGCUUCCCGUUCUGACGAUGGCGGUGACGAGAUUUUCGCGUUCGGAUCCAACAAGAAUUUAACGUUGGGCUUUCCGGAUGGCGAUGACCGUUCCUACCCCGAGCGGGUACCAAUCCAAAGGGACGAGAAGCAGCUUCUGCAACUGGUUAAGGACAAAUUUCGUGAUGCCGGCGGAGAUGCCAAAGAAUUACUCGAUUCCGCAACAUUAUUUACCCCGUUACGUAUUAUAGAUGUUCAACUAUCUAAGCUUCAUACUGCUGUUCUAACCGGUGACUUGAGUAAUAAUCUUUAUGUCUGCGGGUUUGGUCGGGGAGGGCGAUUGGGAUUUGGAGACGAACAAACCCAGUUCACACUUCGUCCAUUGCCACCACCACUUUUGCCAAAGAGGAGAGUUACAAGAGUAGCUCUGGGGCUCGAUCACACCGUCGUUAUUUUCGAAGAAGGCGACGUUUGGACAUGGGGAUCCAAUACAUGGGGACAGCUUGGGUACGUCAUUCAGCGGAAGACUCUGCAGGACGAACCUAUCCAGACUACUCCACGACAGGUUUCCGGACCAUUGAAACGGGAGAAGAUCAUUGGUUGCGCAGCAUCGAGAAUUCACACAGCUCUAGUUACCGAUAAUUCUCUGUUCACGUUUGGCAAGAACGAUGGCCAACUGGGGGUUCUUGACUCUUUGGAUGCAAAGACGCUAGCAGCACAGACAGCGCCUCGCAAAGUGACUGCUACGUUUUUGACUGCAUCAUCUGAGAUACGCGAUGUUGCCGCUAUCGAUAAAGCUACUGCUGUACUUCUUGGGGAUGAGGAGGUCUGGAUUUUGGCCAACUUCGGAUAUUAUAAGUUGAAACUUCCUUUGCAAAGAGGAUUGGAUUGGAGUCCCGUAUUCCAAUUUUCGAAGCACAGCCGUGGCUAUUCCCUAAGCAAGAUUACUGGUGCCGGAGAUACACUAUGUCUGCUUAGUGUCUCAGGUGAUGUUUUCACUCUCGAUGCCGAGUCGUUCAUGAAAGAAAACGCUGGAAAGGCUCCAAGGACUGGCAAGAUUCCAACAGUAAGAGCUUGGAGUUUGAAGAAGGGACAUAUGGCUGCUAGGGAUGUAGAUGUUGGUCAUGAUGGAUCUAUCGUUUUGUGCACAGAAAAUGGGAGCGUUUGGAGAAGGGUCAAGCGAGUGAAGCGAGAGAGGAGCCGUGCGCUUGGGAUCGAGGGCAGCCGGUACAAAUUCGAACGAGUGCCUGGGUUGACCAAAAUUGUCGUUAUUAGAAGCAACAAUUUUGGAGCAUACGCCGCCAUCCGAAGGGAUCCCGACAUCAUGAAGACCGGAUUGCUGGUUGACGAUCACAUGCUAUGGAAAGAUCUUGAACCUCUCCUGCCUUUCACUGGUGCAUUCAAUAGUCACAAGCAGCCGGACGACAGCAAAGACAAGAUCAAGAUCCGCAAACCUCUAGGAGCACCAGAGGGAUAUGUCAAGGCUGUCAAAUGGCUCAUGAGUUCUUCUUUGAAGGCGGGACUUUGCGAGUACCUUUCUUGUCUGGAAUCUUCCGGAUCAGAGGACUGCGAUGUUUUAGUGUCAGCUUCAGAUUGCCCGGGGAUUAACAUCCCAGCUCAUAGAGUCUUCCUCGCUGCAAGAUCGUCGGUUCUGAGAAGCCUCUUUGUUAAGGGGCCUCGUUGUGUUGGCACUUUCGGCGAAUUCAUUCCUUCAACCACCUCGGAGGAGAAAUCACGAUUAGUAUUCAAGGACAUCAAACUACAGACACUUCUGAUUCUCUUGUACUUCGUCUACACUGACUCUCUUGUUGACAUUUGGAAUCAUGCCCACGUUCACCACUCUAGAAUGCAACACUAUAGAGCUAUCCGCUCUGAGCUUUCGUCGAUUUCCUCCCAAAUCCGUCUCGAUCACCUCGCAAAGGCCCUAGAAGUAGCACCUCACCUUUCCUGCUCCAUGGAUAGCGAUUUUUCGAAUGUCUUGUCGGGUCCCUCGCGCUCGGAAUUCGAAGAAUCGACGGAUAUGAUGAUUGAACUUGCAAAUGGGGAAAGCAUGUUGGUACACUCAGUCAUCAUGAAAGCUCGCUGCCCGUUUUUCAAAGCCCUAUACGGUAGUGGUGGGCGGUGGCUUAUGAAGAGGCGCGAAGAAGGCAUCGUCAGGGUUGAUAUGAAGCAUAUAUCGAAACCCGCCAUGGACAUGGUGGUCAAUUGGCUGUACUCGGACUGGGGCGUCGAAGGCUUUGAUGGUAUCAAGGUUGGGAAGGAAAGUGGAAAAGUUGAAGAAUUCAUAGACUUUGUUUUGGAGGUAAUGGGUGUUGCAAAUGAGUUGAUGCUGGGCAGGCUGUGCCAAGUCUGUCAAAAGAUUCUAGGACGUUACGGUAAAUGGUUCCCUGGUCAUCUAGUUUAUUCGUGGCCCAACUCUAAUUUCGGCGUUGACGAUAGUCAGCACGAGGAACGCUGCGCAAAUGUUGAUGGCCAUAGCCGGUUGCUCGGAAAAUGGCUUCAAGGAUAUGUGCAUGCGAUACAUCUGCUUAAAUAUGGAGACUAUGCUUGAGAAUCAGUGAGUAAUCGGCAUUUGAUAUCUUUGCACUUAGCUAAAUUGCCCCAGUCUCCUCGACGAGCUAGAUGCCGAUCUUAUGAUGGAUCUUGAUGGGGUCGUAAAGUCCAUUCAACAGCAGCUUUUCCCACGCUCCCGAACCGGAGUUCAAGAGGAGCUACUUCGAGAGAUAUAUCCUAAUAUGCUCUAUGCAGCAGCUAAGGAAAGGGAAGCCUUGAUUGAAUCAUGUAUACCAGAAGGAAAUGAUGCCUCUCUUUCCACUUCGCUCAGGAACGGCCAAGUAGGAAAUUACACUGAGAACCUGAACCCUUUCGGAUCUUCUCAUUCACAAAAGGGGAAAGGGAAAGCGAGCAAGGAGUCUAUCAAAACAGGAACCAGCGCGACUGUCGAGCCACAUGCGAGUGGGGAAAUGAUCUUCGAUAUGGAUGGAGAGGGCUCGGGAAUUGGUUUUGCUCCUGAGGCACCCAAGACUGAGGAAAUGGGACUUCAAAAUGCAUGGGCUUCUCCGGAGACUCUGUCCGGAGUUGCCCAGACGGGAUGGUAUCCUAGUCCAACCUCCGGUAUCCCAAGAACGUCAGGUGGUUGGGUGGAUGUAAAGGGAAAAGGGAUUGAUAUCCCUUUACCCAACCCAGGCUUGCAGUUUCCCGCUGGUGACUCGCCUCCUUCACAUGAAUCUUCUACUCCGGCUAAAGCCCUGAUUACACCACCCAAACCAUGGGGAGCUUCUCCGGUCUUAUUAGGAGGCGAGAAGCUAGAUAUGAAGCAGAUAAUGGAGCAAGCAUCUUCAUCGAAGAAAUCGGAUUUGUCCAUCGGUCUGUCCGAAGAAAAGCUCACUCCCACUAGGUUAUCGCAAAAGGAGCGAAAGCGACAGGCAGCACUCGCCGCAGCUGCAUCUCCGGAGCUAGCCAUUCCUACACAGACCCAAAAGCCGAGCACGGACUCUGCGAAGCCCGCAUGGUUACCUGUGAAUACUGGUGUGCGAGUCAGUCUCAAGGAGGUCCUAGCCAGCGAAGUCUCUGUACCUGCGCCCGACACGCCGAUUCUAAGGACGCCAAAACAGGGAACCGGAGACAGUUGUGAGCGGACUGUGAGUCGAACGGUGUCGACACCAAUCCCAUCGGCAGUUUUACCCACCUUACCAAUAGCUCAAGCCACACGUUCUUCACUGCCAGUCCUAAGCACAUCCAAUCCGCCGCCAGAGGCAGUAACCUCUACCGUUCGUUCGCAGUCUGCGACGCUCCGAAGGCCGGCAUCUGCGGCGUCCGUGGAGCCAACACCCAAACUAUCACUUGCAGACAUCAUCUCCGAGGAAGAGGCCCAUAAGGAGCUCUUCCGCGAGCACACUGCGAAACGAAGCCUCCAAGAGAUCCAAGAAGAGCAGGAAUUCAUGAGAUGGUGGGAUGCAGAAUGUGAGCGAGUGAGGCUUGAGACAGCGGCAGCUGCGGAAAAGUCAGUACAGCGUGGUGGUAUGAAGUCUCGGGGCAGGUGUGGGAGUGGUGGCGACCGAAAGGAUGGCCAAGGGGGAGGGGGAGGGGGUGCGGGUGGUGGUGGAGGUGGAGGUGAAGACGCGGGUGGCAGUUACAGUAGUAGCAGUGGGAGGGGUAAAGGGCGUAGGGGGCGAGGUGGAGGUAGGACUGGAGGCGGGAGUUCUGGGGAGGUGACAAAAGUUGGAGGCCUGAGUAAAUAA